UUGUUUCUGUCUAAUUCUGUGAUGUGUGUGGGGGCUCUCAGUUUUAAGCUGCACUGAAUAGUGUGAUUGGGUCACCCUCACCAUCCCCAGCCAGCCCCAAUCACCCCCAACCCAACCUCCUCUCUCUCCCCCCUCCAUCAAUCUCUCUCUUUCUCUCUCUAGAUCUCUUCCCCUUCUUGUACAGAAAGAAAGAAAGAAAAGAGCUUUUAUAAACAAGACAGACUUCCCACAAGCUCACCUGCUCAAGGUGGAGGGUCAAUGGAAGAAAAGCUAGCCUAGCUAAAAAGCCUUUAAAAGCCGCUUAAAUAAAGCUUUUAAAAAAAGUUGAUUGCAGAAAGCAAGAGCUUUUCCUCUUCCUCUCUCUCUCCUCUCUUCCUCUCUCUUUCUCUCUCAUGUGUGACUGUGAGAGAGAUGAAAGAAUCCAACUUCACCUGCACACAUGUGUAUGUAGGGAUUGAUUGAUUCUUAGUUAUCUCUUCUCUUACUUAAACUCCUCCAUCACGUCCUCACAAAAAUCCACCCAUGUUCGACAACACCACCACCACCAACAACAACACCGCCGCCUCUUGUUCCGCUCCUCCGUCUUCUUCCUCUCAUGAAAAUGGCGGAGCCACCCACAAACGAAAAAGAAGACCUGCAGGCACACCAGAUCCGGAUGCAGAAGUGGUGUCUCUGUCCCCCAAGACCCUACUCGAAUCGGACCGGUACGUGUGCGAGAUCUGCAACCAGGGAUUUCAGAGAGACCAGAAUCUGCAGAUGCACAGGCGUCGUCAUAAGGUGCCGUGGAAACUACUGAAGCGAGAGAUAGCGGAAGAUCAGGCGGUCAAGAAGAAGGUGUUUGUGUGCCCGGAGCCCAGCUGCCUCCACCACGACCCCCGCCACGCCCUAGGCGAUCUCGUCGGGAUCAAAAAACACUUCAGAAGAAAACACAGCAACCACAAGCAGUGGGUCUGCGACAAGUGCUCCAAAGGCUACGCCGUGCAGUCCGAUUACAAAGCACACCUCAAAACCUGCGGCACCAGAGGACAUUCCUGUGACUGCGGCCGUGUCUUUUCCAGAGUGGAAAGUUUCAUAGAGCACCAAGACACUUGCACAGUCCGACACGUCGUUCGGCCGGAAUUACAGGCAGUGCUGCAGCCGGCGGCCUGCUCGUCGCGAACUGCAUCGAGUACCAGCCCCUCUAGCGACGCCAAUUUCAGCAUUAGUAACAAUGUGGCAGCUCCAGUAGUAAUGGCUGGACUCCCGGUGCGACCAAACCCAACUCACCAUCACGAUAAGCGCGCCGGUAUGAAUCCUUAUAUUUCUUGCAACCGUCAGCAACAGCAACAGCAGCACCAACAACAAGUGCAUAAUAAUAUAUUGGAACUUCAGCUCCUUCCGUCCUCAAACGCCCAUACUUCUUCCCAGCCAAAUUUAGACGAAAGUCACGCAACUAAUCUGAAGCUCUCGAUUGGAUCGCCGUCAAGUGAUCAGCUUGCCAACGAAAAGAAUGAAUCGAGCAAGUAUAAUUCAUCGUCCGAUAUAAAAAGAAGAAGAAGCUCUCCAGGUAAUGAGAAGAACAUUAACAAUGCAUCUGCUGUUGGAGGAGUUGGGUCGACGUCGGAACUGGUCAGGUUGAAAGAGUUUGCGAGUGAGGAGUUGAAAUUGGCCGUGGCUGAAAAGUCGUAUGCCGAAGACGCCCGGCGAGAAGCCAAACGGCAAAUAGAGAUGGCGGAGAUCGAGUUCGCGAACGCCAAGAGGAUCAGGCAGCAAGCGCAGGCUGAGGUGGAGAAGGCUCUGUUGCUCAAAGAGCAGGCGACUAAGAGAAUCAGCUCCGCCAUUUUGCAAAUCACUUGUCAAGCUUGCAAACAGCACUUUCACAUUGCCUCUGCUGCUUCCACCGUAGCAGGAGGAGCAGUGGGACGCUCUGAUGAGACCUCCCUUGCUAUGAGUUACAUGUCCUCCGCCACAACCGAAGGAGAAGGAGAUCAUGACCACACAGCAUAAUUACCAUUAAUGACCUAAUAUUUUGUAACUGCUUUGUAUUUUUUUUUUUCACAUGCAAUGCUUAUUUGAACAUGCCUCUCACAAAGCUUCACCUUUUUCAUCAGUUAAUUAUUGCUGCAUCAGAGUAGGGGAACUUUAUUUCUGACCAUUGUUUGGGAUGCUCGUGAAAAGUGUUGUAAUUGGGUCCUUGUAUUUAAUAUUUCAAA